AUGACUCAUUUAGAAAAUGUCUUUUUAAAGAAUGUUUUAUUGUAUUUACCAACAUUAAAAGAUGUAGGGAGAUUUGCACAAGUAAGUAAAUCAUGUGAAGAAGCAAUCAAUACGAUUUAUGUCAAUCCAUAUGAAUUAACAAUCCAUCAUUCAUUUGAUGAAAUUAUUCCAUUAUUUCCUAAUUUACAAACAUUUUAUGUUAGAAGAUGUCCAUCAAGAUUAUACAAAAUAACAGCAAAUGAUAUUCCACUUAUUGAAGUAGGAGGAUGGAAUGAACAAUCCAAACAAACACAAGUGUUUAACACAAAAUGGUUUUGUUCCAAAAUAAGGAAAAUACGAAUAGAUGGAUAUUAUUGUAAAAAAGUAAUAGAAAAACAUCCAAACUAUUUUAUUCAAUUACAAGAAUUAGUUGUUAUGAAUGGAAUUGAUAUUAAUGCAUUAAUACAAUUAUUUGAAUUACCAACAUUAAAAAAAGUAAUUAUUAUUUGUAGUAUUGGUGAAUUUCAACUUCUUUCAAAGUCAUUUGAUUUUAAUAAGCAUAACCAAAUCAAUUUCAUUAUUAUUUUUAUUAUUACAUAUUCAAACACUAACAUAUUAAAUCAAAUGGAUUAUAAUCAAUUCAUUAAUUGUAGAUUUUACACAAGAACAAUUAAUAAAUCAACAAUGAAUUGUCCUUAUUUACCAAUAUUACCAUAUGAAUCUCAAUUCUUAAUAGAUAAUUGUGAUAUGACUAUUGAAAGUGAUGUGUUCAAUAAAAUCAAUGAAAUCAAUGAAAUAAUUGUAAAGAACAAUUUACAGAAUAUUUUAAUUAAAAAUGUUUUGAAUGACUAUGAAGGAAAUAGAAUUGAUUUAACACCAUUAUCAAUUGAAUCAUUAUCAAUACAAGACGUUGAAAAACAAAAUGUUGAUAUUAUCAUUCCUCCACAUUUAAAAUCAUUAAUAAUUAACAGCUGUAAAGCAUCAAUUGAUAUUUCAAAAUGUCACUUAAAAAAGAUAAUAAUAUCUAAUUAUCAAGGAAAAGUAAUGGAUAUAUAUGAUGAUAAAUUAGAAGUAUUUCAAAAUAAUUCCAAUGAAGAAGUGACAUGGUAUCAUAACAAUACAUUACUUAAGAAAAAUGAAAUUUAUGUAGAUACAAACAAAAUUACUUCAUUUAAAACUGGUUACAUAUAUUAUUUUAUAAACAUUAAUAACAAUAAUAAUUAUAAUAAUAAUAAUAAUGCUUCAAAAACUAUCAUUUUUAAAUGCAAUGAUAAAGAAAUAAAAAUAAAUGAAGUUUAUGAAUUUUCAUUUGAAAAUAAACAUUUGUAUUGUAGUUUGGGUAAUAUACAAGAAUUGGAUUUUGGAGAAUAUACAUUUGAUUCUUUUAAUGUAACAAGUGGUAAAAUCAAAUAUUUAAAAGUAAAAUGUAAUUCUAUCAUUUUAACAAACGUUGAAUGUGAUAAUUUAGUUACUGAUGAUGUUUGUAAGCGUUUCAAUUUAAUUAAUUGUACAAUAAACACAUUGACAUGUGGUAUUGUUGAACAUUUAAAUAGUUCUAAUUCACAAAUUACUACUAUAAAUGCAAAUAAAGUCAUGUGUUUUGUUGGACCAAAUACAAGAAUAAAUACUACAAAUCGUUUAACUAUUGAAGAAACUGUCAACAAAUGA